UCGAGCAAACCCAUCUCUAAUUACACCAAUAUUGUUUAUUCAAUUGAAUUGAGAUCACGGAGAAAGCAUGACCAAGAUAUAUCCAAACGCCUCCUCCUCCUCCUCCGACGAGGGCAAAAUUGAUCCGGUGGUGCUGACCGUGUGGAAGAAAUCUCUCCUUCUCAACUGCGAGGGUUUCACGGUGUUCGACCCCCACGGCAACCUCGUCUACCGCGUCGACAAUUACAUGGCCGCCACCAAGGGCCACAUCAUCCUCAUGGACGCUUCCGGCGCCACUCUCCUCACCAUCCGCCGCAAGAGACUGAGCCUAGGAGAUACGUGGCUGAUCUUCGACGGCGAGACGGUGGAGGAUCCGAGGUUCACGGUGAGGAAGAACGUGAGCCUCCUGAAUAGCCGGUGCCUGGCUCACGUGUUCCAGAAGAAGAGCGUGCCGCUGUACCAGAUCGAGGGCUCGUACUCGCGACGGUGCUGCGCUGUGUAUGACGAGAAGCGCCGGCGGGUGGCUGAGAUCAGGCCGAAGGAGGCCGCCGUGACGGGGGUAGCUUUUGGCAAGGAUGUUUUCCGGAUGGAGGUGCAGCCGGGAUUCGACACGAAGGUGGCUAUGGGGAUGGUUAUCCUUCUGGAUCAGAUGUACGCUUCUGGAAGAUUCAUUUGAGGUUAACAUUAAUUAAUGUAAGCGUAAGGUGACAUUUUUUUUGGAUCCGAUUCCGAUUCCGAUUCCGAUUCCUCUUGUGCUUUGGUUUUUUGGUUUUUGAUAAAAGACCAAGCUUGUGUGAGUAUUAUACUCCUACUUAGUUUGUAUGGGUGAAUCGGCCAAUAUAUAUAAUCUUCUUUUCUUUUUCAA